AGCUCGGCGCCCGCUGCGUCUGCUGCUGCCGUGCCCGCGGCACCGGGGCCGGGCGCUGCUGCCGGCGGCCCGGGGGACACGCGGUGCCCUGCAGCUCGCCCGUGCAGCGCCAGCUCUGGCAGCACGGCAGCUCCAGGGGCGGCCCAGAUGUGCUGCAGCUGCACGGGCCGCCGCGGCCUCUCGUCAGUGGGCCUUGGAGCACUCGAGGGGUUCCCCUUUCAGGAGACAAAAUCUGAGCCUCGGGAGUCUGGGGGCUGAGCUGAGCAGCACAAGAAAACGGUGAUUUGACACGGGUUGUUCCCCAGCCUGGCUGGGUUCUGAGUCCCCAGGCAAAUAGAAGCUGGACUAGUUUGUGUUCUUACCCUGCUCAAAGGGAUUUCUUUCUGCUGAACGUUCCUGCUCAGUUCAGUGAGUGCUUUUUGGGAGCAGCCUGCUCUCUAUUUUACCAAGUUGAUGCAUUUUCCCAUGCAGCGUUACUGCUUGUAUUUAAUUUCAGCCAUCUGUGGUGAGAUACUAAAUAUCUCUGGCUUUGGGAUAAGGCAGGAAAAAUUCUUGAAACCCAGCUCGAAUAUACUUGGACAAUGGCACAGGUCAGGCUGCAAGACUUGCCCUUCAUCCCCAUCUCCUGGGUGCUGAAGGGUUCAUCAACCAGUAAUCCCCUCUGCAGCACGGUUCCCUCUGGAAAUGUAAAUGGUUACAAAUGUUUGGGCCUCUUAUACCAUGUGCCAUGUGCUUUAUUUUCACAUCGAAUGUUUGGUGACAUCACAGCUGUUGGGUUUUUGUAAUAGAAUGAGCUCUUGCAGCUCAAAUGUCUGUAAAAAUUAUGUUACAGUUCCUUGUUUUAAAACUGCCCAGUGUGUGCUACGUCAUGCCCAAACUAUCUGUAAAAUAUUUUUUUUGUUGCUCACAGAUGAAAUUGAUUUGACUCCAUAGCUGCAGAAACCUUAUUUUUUUUUUUCCAAAGCUGGGACAUUUGCUGAAAUGAUUGUUGAAAUGAAGAGAAGGAGCUUGACUGGUUGUUUUUACACAGCAAAUUGGAAGAAUGUUUCACAUUGAAAAGGAUCUCUGUUGGAAAUACCUCUCUGUACAAAGGGGAGCAGGGAUGUUGUUCAAUGUCCUGAGCUUUCCCUCAUGUUGGAUCACCAUAAAAUAAAAGGGAAUUACAAACUUACUGCGAGCCCUCUUGCAAAAGCAUCUGCCUGCCCUGAGGCGUGGCAGAGCUGGACAUUUCUCCUCUGGCCGCUCUGACCCCUCUGGACCAGCUCCUGGGGAGGAAUGUGUCCCCUGUGGAUGGAGUGACCAAAUUGUCCUUUGUUUCCUUAAAAAGGAAAAAGCCCACAGGUUUCUCUCCUCGGCUGGGUAGAAAAAACCCACCUCAUAAUGUUGCAGUGAAGCGAUACGCGGAAUAAAUAAACUCCACAACCAGAUUUAGUUAUGAAGUGGGUAUGUAUGUCAGCGCCCGGCACAAGCAGGAUAGCUCCCGUGAAAACUUGUGCGCCGAGCUGCAGCCUGUCCCACAUCUUUAUUCCCAAAGGUGUUCCACAUGCAGUACAUUGCACAGCUUUGCCAUGCAUAUUCAAGCCCUGGCCCCGCCUGUCCUCGCCUCGUGUGGUAAUCAGAUCCACGCCCUCCUGGGCAUGCGUUUUUUGCUGUGGUGGUCGCACGGGGGUCUCGGGUUGUCCUCUGAGGCUGAAGGCUGUGGUCUUCCUCAUGGCUGAACUUUUGAACUUCUCUCCUUUGUGCAUGUGCUUUUGGUACCCUGGUGCUUAUCUGAGUACGUCUGUCGGGCUUAAUUAGCUUGGAGACAGAGGAGUUCCUUUAUCUGGGCUUUUUGUAUCUCUUGAUCUUCUCAGGUAUUGUUCUUUAUGUAAGAAACUCCAGAAAUUUGCAUUUUCCUAUGCCAUUUGUACCAUGGUAGAGGUUUCUUAAGUAAGAAGUUUAAAAUUCAGCACAUAGUUCUACAGGCUACCUUUUAAAUGCUUAAUUCAAGUGAACUCCAAAAAUCUCUGUUUCAGUAGUGCACUAAAUAGUUUUCGAGUUGUUGUCUUGCGCUGGCUGUGAUGUCGCACGGGCUGUCCCCUUCUCCCCUCACAUGGUAUGUUCCUCAUCCCCCCCCUCUGCUCCACCCCUGAUGGUCUGCGCCCUCGCAACUCCUCCCCUGGCCCCUCCUCAGCGGCAUCCCAUUGGCUGCGGCCCUGGGUCCCCGCCCCCAUUCCUCGGGUAUAAAUGUCCCCUGUGCGGGGGUGCCCGUUCUGUGUUUCCCGCGUUGGCGGCGUGCGGCGGAGCUGUCCCUGCCCGUCCGAUAAUCCAGGGCGCUGUAGCACGUGGAGAAACAGCGCUCCUCGUCUUCUGCUUCGUUCGUGUGGGGUCCGUGCAGGCUGGAGUGCAGAUCUAGCCGGAUUGGAUUUUACAGCCCGGGACCCACGGGUAUUACAGGUGGUGCCCAAGGUGCUUGGGCUCCUGUUCGGUCAGAGGCGACGCGAAGGAGCUGGUAAUUCCCAUGCGUGGAUUAUAUUUUGGACUUUUUGGACUUUGACCUUCCUCCGCCGUUUUCGUGGCGUUUUUGUCGGCAAGAAGGCUGGAGGGUGAGAUGGGGACCCCGCGGCAAGCCACGAGGGGCCGAUUCCGGACGAAGGCUUCUUUAUCCGCGUCCCAGGCGCCCGAGUGCCCAGGAGGAAACAUGCUGGACGAAGACGACGUGAAAGUGGCAGCUGAUGCCCUGAAAGAGCUCGAAGCUCUGAUGCCCAGCGCAGACAAGCUGGGCAAGCAGAGGGGCAGCGACCAUCGGGAGAAGAAAAGGAUGAGGAGCCGAAGCCGCAGCAGGGACAGGAAGCGCAGGCACAGAUCUCGCUCCAGGUCUCGUUCCAGGACGUGGGACAGGCACAGGGGAAGAGGCAGAUACCGGUCCAGGAGCAGGAGUGGGAAUCGUCCUGAAGUUGGUGAUGAAGAAGAUGAGGAUCUUGAGAUUGAGCUGGUUGAAGAAGAGCCACCAUUUCUUCGAGGUCACACUAAACAGAGCAUGGAUAUGAGUCCCAUCAAAAUAGUCAAGAAUCCAGACGGUUCCCUGUCCCAGGCUGCCAUGAUGCAAAGUGCUUUGGCUAAAGAGAGGCGAGAACUGAAACAAGUGCAGAGAGAAGCAGAGAUGGAUUCCAUCCCCAUGGGGCUCAACACGCACUGGGUGGAUCCUCUCCCUGAUGUGGAUGGAAGACAAAUAGCUGCAAACAUGCGAGGUAUUGGGAUGAUGCCAAAUGAUAUCCCAGAGUGGAAGAAGCACGCGUUUGGUGGCAACAAAGCUUCGUAUGGUAAGAAGACCCAGCUUUCCAUCAUUGAGCAGAGAGAGAGUCUGCCAAUCUUCAGACUGAAGGAGCAGCUGAUCCAAGCUGUGCAUGACAACCAGAUUCUGAUUGUUAUUGGAGAGACGGGAUCUGGGAAAACAACCCAGAUUACCCAGUACCUGGCUGAGGCAGGAUAUACGUCCAGAGGAAAGAUUGGAUGUACUCAGCCUCGCAGAGUGGCUGCAAUGUCUGUUGCAAAGAGGGUGUCAGAGGAAUUUGGCUGCUGCUUGGGCCAAGAGGUUGGCUACACCAUCCGCUUUGAAGACUGCACCAGCCCUGAGACUGUCAUCAAAUACAUGACAGAUGGCAUGUUACUGAGGGAGUGCCUGAUAGACCCAGAUCUCAGCCAGUAUGCCAUCAUCAUGCUGGAUGAGGCCCACGAGAGGACCAUCCACACAGAUGUGCUCUUUGGGCUCCUGAAGAAGACGGUGCAGAAACGGCAGGACAUGAAGCUGAUCGUGACAUCGGCCACUCUGGAUGCUGUGAAAUUCUCUCAGUAUUUCUACGAAGCACCAAUCUUCACCAUUCCUGGCAGGACAUACCCAGUAGAAAUUCUGUACACCAAAGAGCCAGAGACAGAUUAUUUGGAUGCCAGUCUGAUUACAGUCAUGCAGAUCCAUUUAACAGAGCCACCAGGUGACAUUUUGGUCUUUCUAACUGGCCAGGAAGAGAUUGACACUGCCUGUGAAAUCCUCUAUGAGAGGAUGAAAUCUCUAGGACCUGAUGUUCCGGAGUUAAUUAUCCUCCCAGUGUAUUCAGCUUUGCCCAGUGAAAUGCAGACCAGGAUCUUUGACCCGGCCCCACCAGGGAGCAGAAAGGUUGUCAUUGCCACCAACAUUGCAGAGACAUCUCUGACUAUUGAUGGAAUCUAUUAUGUGGUGGAUCCUGGCUUUGUGAAGCAGAAAGUUUAUAACUCCAAGACUGGAAUCGACCAGCUGGUGGUGACACCCAUUUCCCAGGCUCAAGCCAAGCAGCGCGCAGGCAGGGCUGGCAGGACGGGCCCAGGAAAAUGCUACAGGUUGUACACAGAACGUGCCUACAGAGAUGAGAUGCUGACCACCAACGUGCCUGAAAUCCAGAGAACCAAUCUGGCCAGCACAGUGCUCUCCCUGAAGGCUAUGGGCAUCAAUGAUUUGCUGUCCUUUGACUUCAUGGAUGCUCCCCCCAUGGAGACUCUGAUUACUGCCAUGGAGCAGCUCUACACCCUGGGAGCUCUGGAUGAUGAGGGGCUGCUCACUCGACUUGGGCGUAGGAUGGCAGAAUUCCCCCUGGAGCCGAUGCUGUGUAAGAUGUUGAUCAUGUCCGUGCACCUGGGAUGCAGCGAGGAGAUGCUGACAAUUGUCUCCAUGCUGUCUGUGCAGAAUGUGUUCUACAGGCCAAAGGAUAAACAAGCACUUGCUGACCAAAAGAAAGCCAAGUUCCAUCAAACAGAAGGUGACCACCUGACGCUGCUGGCGGUGUACAAUUCCUGGAAGAACAACAAGUUUUCGAACCCCUGGUGCUAUGAGAAUUUCAUCCAGGCCCGGUCCUUACGCCGGGCUCAGGACAUUCGCAAGCAGAUGUUGGGCAUCAUGGACAGGCAUAAGCUGGAUGUGGUGUCCUGUGGGAAGGCCACAGUUCGGGUCCAGAAGGCCAUUUGCAGUGGCUUCUUCAGAAAUGCAGCCAAGAAGGAUCCCCAGGAAGGCUACAGGACGCUCAUUGACCAGCAGGUUGUCUACAUCCACCCCUCCAGUGCUCUCUUCAACAGGCAGCCUGAAUGGGUGGUGUAUCACGAGCUGGUGCUGACCACCAAGGAGUACAUGCGGGAGGUGACGACCAUCGAUCCUCGCUGGCUGGUGGAGUUUGCCCCAGCUUUCUUCAAGGUCUCUGACCCCACCAAGCUGAGCAAGCAGAAGAAGCAGCAGAGGCUGGAGCCCCUCUACAACCGCUACGAGGAGCCCAACGCCUGGAGGAUCUCCCGCGCCUUCCGCCGGCGCUGAGCUCGGCGCCCGCUGCGUCUGCUGCUGCCGUGCCCGCGGCACCGGGGCCGGGCGCUGCUGCCGGCGGCCCGGGGGACACGCGGUGCCCUGCAGCUCGCCCGUGCAGCGCCAGCUCGGGCAGCACGGCAGCUCCAGGGGCGGCCCAGAUGUGCUGCAGCUGCACGGGCCGCCGCGGCCUCUCGCCAGUGGGCCUUGGAGCACUCGAGGGAUUCGCCUUUCAGGAGACAAAAUCUGAGCCUCGGGAGUCUGGGGGCUGAGCUGAGCAGCACAAGAAAACGGUGAUUUGACACGGGUUGUUCCCCAGCCUGGCUGGGUUCUGAGUCCCCAGGCAAAUAGAAGCUGGACUAGUUUGUGUUCUUACCCUGCUCAAAGGGAUUUCUUUCUGCUGAACGUUCCUGGUCAGUUCAGUGAGUGCUUUUUGGGAGCAGCCUGCUC